UCCAUUGUCCGAGCGAGCGCUCCACGCGGUGGUGGUGGUGGUACAGAGUAGUGUGUCGCGCGGUCCUCGGACGGCUCCUCCGAAGCCACCGAGUUAGUUUUGAGAGUGCCGUUUCUGCGACUGUGCCGCUACUUUUUGGAUUUCCUUGCAACUCUGAGCGCUGCAGGAGCCACAGCGUGAGGAAGGCGGCAUAGUUUUAGGGGGUGAGAUCGCCACCACCAACCACAUCCAUCAGGAAGGCGUAGUGGUGCCGGCCUGCCAGGAUGGGGGUGGCCGAAGACUUCGCGCCGAGCUUCACGCAGAAGCCUCAGCUGCGGCAAGAAGAUGAGGGCAAUAGGCUGGUGUUCGAGUGCCAACUGCUGGCCUCGCCCAAGCCGGACAUCGACUGGUACCGGGGCGAAACGCACCUGGUCGAGGACGGACGAACCUUCAUGCGCAUCCAGCCCGUUGGAGCUAACAAGUUCCUAGUGGUGCUCGAGCUGGAUGACGUCAUCGAGUCCGACGCCGGCCUCUACAAGGUCAAAGCCAAGAACAAGAUGGGCGAGGUUGCAGCGUCCAUCAACCUGAACUUCAGUCCGGCUGACGAACCAAGAGAAAAGCAAAUCGAUGGAAUCGCUCCCACAUUCGCCAAGAAACCGGCCAUCAGACAGGAGGAGGACGGGAAACGACUCUUAUUCGAAUGCCGAAUCCAGGCCGAUCCAAAGCCAACUGUUGCGUGGUUCCACGGCGGAGACAUGGUGCAGGACUCCGCCAGGCACCGGAUAACAGUUGUAAAGGACGGCAAUUCGUAUUCGGCAACGCUGGAGAUCAAGGAUGUCACUGUGGAGGACGCUGGAAAGUACAAAGUGACAGCCAAGAACGAGCUGGGCGAGAGCAACGCCACAAUCAGCCUCAAUUUCGACAGCGAUGCCGCACCUCUUCCUGCGGACGGAAUCAAGCCCACCUUCACCGAACGACCCGUCAUCAGGCAGUCCGACGACGGAAACAAAAUCAUCUUCGAGUGCCGCCUCGUCGGAGACCCGCAGCCCACAGUCACGUGGUUCCACGGAGCGAAAUCUCUCAAGGAAGGAGGACGCUUUAAAUUCACGCUGGAGCCAGACCAGAAACUCUACUACAUGGUCAAAUUGGAAAUUUCCAACGUCGAAAACAGCGACGGUGGCGAGUACAAGGCUGUGGCCAAGAACAAGCACGGCGAAGGCACCGCAACCAUCAACCUUAACUUUGAGGGAGGCGACAAACCAAAAAUUCCGGACGGAAAGGCGCCGCGGUUCCCGAAAAAGCCAACCAUUCGUCAAGACGGCGACAACCUGGUGAUGGAGUGCAUUCUCGAAGCCAACCCGAUGCCCGACAUCACGUGGUACCAGGGCACCAAAGUGAUUUCGAAAAACUCGCGCGUGCAAAUGUCCAACAAGCAGCUCAGCAAAGACACCUUCCUGCUCACGCUCGAGAUCACAAACCCAACCAUCGACGACGGCGGCAACUACCGGUGUAACGCGUUCAAUAAUUUUGGAGAGAGCAAUGCCAACAUUGCGCUCAACUUCCAAGGUGGAGACGACGCCGGCCAAGCGCCGUCCUUCGUCGAAAAGCCCAAAAUCAUUCCAAACGCCGACGGCACCCUCAUUGUCAUGAAGUGCAAGUGCCGCGCGAAGCCCAAGCCCACAGUCCAGUGGUUCCGAGGAACCACCAUUGUGACAGAGUCGAGCAGGAUCAUAAUCAAGGCCGUCGACUUGGGUGAAGACAUCUACGAACUGUCUCUGGAAAUCAAGGACCCAUCGGGCGCAGACGGCGGCACUUACAGGUGCCACGUGAAGAACGAAUUUGGCGAGAGCAACGCCAACCUGAACCUGAACAUCGAAUCGGAGCCGGAGUUGCAGGGCACCGGCCCCACUUUCGUGGAGAAGCCGCGCAUUGUGUCCGAGAACAACGGCAAACUGGUCAUCAUGGACUUCAAGAUGAAGGCCGACCCAAAACCUUCGGUCACCUGGUACAGGGAAGGUGUCGUCAUCAAAGAGUCCAGCAAGAUCAAAAUGUCCAUUACGCAGACCAAGGAAAUUUACUACGUCCGGCUAGAACUCUCUGACCCUGGCCCAGAGGACGGUGGCUUGUUCAAGUGCAACAUUAAAAACGCCCUUGGGGAACUCAAUGCUAAUCUGACGCUCAACAUUGAAAUUGUGCCUGUGAUCAAAGAGAGACCCAAGGUGAUCAAGAUCGUGAAGAGGAGGACUGUGGUGGUCGAGUGCCACGUGCAGUCUCAGUACGCGCCUCAGUGCACUUGGUUCAAGGAAACGACGGCUGUGAAACAAGACUCUAGGCACUCCGUUCACGUGGAGAAAGUUAAGGAGGGUGAAUUCGCGAUUAAGUUGGAGAUCGAGUCGUGCCAAAAGACGGACAAGGGCACUUACAAACUGGUGGCCAAAAACGAAAAGGGCGAAGCCACCUCGCAAGCGGUCGAAGUUGUUGACAUCCCCGAAGAGGAGGAGGAGAAAAAGGAAGAAAAGAAGCCCGAGGAAAAGAAGGAAGAGAAGAAGGUGGAGGAGAAAAAAGCGGAGGAGAAGAAGGUGGAGGAAAAGAAGGUGGAAGAAAAGAAAGUGGAAGAAAAGAAGGUUGAGGAAAAGAAAGUCGAGCAGAAGGUUGAGCAGAAGGUGGAGAAGAAAGUCGAGCAGAAGGUUGAGCAGAAGGUGGAAAAGAAGGUGGAGAAGAAGGAAGAAAAGAGCGUCACGUUCCAAGAGACCAAAAUGGAACAAAAGAUUGAAAUCGUUCAAAAGAAGGCGGAAGUCAAGGUGGAGGAGAAGAAGGUGGAAAUCAAAGCUCAGGCCAAGGUUGAGACCAAGAAGGAGGAGGUCAAGGUUGAGGUCAACAAUGUGGCCAAGAAGGCCGAAGUAAAAGUCGAAAAGAAGGAGGAGGCCAAGGUUGAGGUCAACAACGUUCAGCAGAAAGCAGCGGUCAAGGUCGAAAAGAAGGAGGAGGCCAAGACGCAGGUCAACAAUGUGGAGAAGAAGGCAGAGGUCAAGGUCGAAAAGAAGGAGGAGGUGAAAAAGGUGGAGCAGAAGGUCGAGCUCAAGAAGGUCGAAAAGAAGGAGGAGGCCAAGGUGGAGGCUAAGAAGGUUGAAUUGAAAAAGGUCGAACAGAUAACCGACUUUAAAUCUAUUGCACUUAAGCCUGCUAAGACCAAGAAGGCGGAAAAGAAGUUGCCGGAAAUCAAGAGUGAGACCAUGAAGGUCGCCGAUUUGUACAACUUAAAACCAAUUCCCAAAAAGGCUAAACCUGUCGAAAGAGCGAGAUCGCCAAGGCCUGACGAAGAGUUCCACUUUGAUCCGUUAGAUCUAAAAGAUAUUCCGGACGAAGCGAAGCCCGAGUUGGAAAAACCGGAGAAGGUGAACGGGAAACUACCUUCGCCUCCCAAGACCAAGGAAGUGCCAAAGGGCCCCGGAGGUGGAAAAAAACUACCCCCCAUUGAAAAACCGAAGCCAGUGUCACCUUUCGAUGUAGUCCUCAAGCCGGUCAAGAGGGAACCGAAAGCGCCUCCGCCCAAGACGGAGAUGCCCGAAUUAGACGGCCUUAAAUUCGAGCCAAUCCCCCAGAUUAAGAUAGAGGAGAAAAAGACAGAGCCGUUGAAAAAACCAGCAGUGAAAGAACCCGUUCCACAAAAGAAAGAGGAGCCUCCGAAAAAAGAACCUGUUAAGAAGGAGGAACCCAAACCCGCCGAGAAGCAAAUUAUCGAAGAGUCCUCUGAAGAGGAGGAGGAAUCGGAGGAAGAGGUUUCGAUCGUAGAAACCAUCAAGGAGGUAAAACGCGAAGAACCGGCGAACAAACCUGCCUUCCAGAUCCCGGUGAUCAAAGAGGAACACGUGGACGAAGAGCCAGCCGGUCCCGGCCUAGCUGGUCUUCCUCCUCCCAAAGUCGAUGUUUCGCGGUUCAAAAAAUACUACGAUGAAGAUGAAGGAGAAUCUGAAGACGAAGAACCUGCUGGUCCAGGUUUAUCAGGCCUGCCUCCACCAAAGAUCAAUUUCAAAUUCAAUCGAUAUGACGAAGACGAAGAGGAAGAAGAAAAAGUGGAGGAACCCUCUGGGCCUGGUCUGUUCGCUCUCCCUCCGCCAAAAAUAAACCUCAAGUUCAACCGAUUUGAUGACGAUGAGGAAGAAGAGGAGGAAGAAGAACCCGCAGGACCGGGACUAUCCGGCCUUCCACCACCGAAAAUAAAUUUGCCGAAAAGAAUUGACGAGGUUGAGGAGGAGGAAGAAGAGGAAGAACCUGCAGGACCGGGUCUAUCGGGCCUGCCACCUCCGAAAAUCAACUUUAAAUUCAAUAAAUUCGAUGAUGACGACGACGAUUUUGACAAUGGUCAAAGUGGUCUAGCUGGUUUGCCCCCGCCAAAAGUUUCCUUCCGCAAAAGGUAUGACUCUGACGACAGCGACGAAGAUUACGACUAUUACGAUGAUGACGAGUUCUAUCAGCCCAAGAAACCGGCGGUGCCGGAAAUCAAAGCGCCCGGCGACGGUCCCAAGAUCGAGGUGAGCCGCGAACGGACUCCGGACAACCGAAAGGGCUCUUUGGCUCCUGGUUCCGGAAACAACAGCCGCCGUGGUUCGCUCAUUCCGCCCGACGACCAACCGAGGCGACCCAGUUUGCUCAUCAGCGAUGAGGAGAAUAGGAAGUUGCGUCCAGGGGAGGUUGUGGAAGAGCGAAAGGCUGGGAAUAAAUUGCGGCCCGGUGAGGUAUUUGAUGCGAAGAAAAAAGGGGGCCGUCCCGGCGAAUUGGAGGAAGCCAUGUCCAAGCAGAGGAGGCGACCAAGUACGGACGCGAGGCGGCCGAGCGUUGCGGACGCCGGCGAGUUGAUCGACAAACCGUCCACGCCUCUCAAGCCCGUCGGCCAACCUGGGCCUCCGGCCAUUGUCGACGUGCAAGAGAGCUACUCAGCCGUUGAAGAUCAAGUGGGCUACAUCACCGUCCAGGUUGAGGGCAACCCUCCACCAACCUUCAAAUGGUUCAAGGGCAUGACCGAACUCCAAGACGAGGGUCGGUACAAGUUCUUGACCGAUGGCGAAACCAACUCCAUCACUCUGUGCAUCCGAAAGAUCAAACCAAACGACGAGGGCAACUACAAGAUCGUAGUUUCAAACGAACAUGGCGAAGACUCGGCCGAAAUGAUGCUCUAUGUUUCUGACGCUAGUGGUAUGGACUUCCGUGCCAUGUUGCGCAAGAGGAAGUACGCCAAGUGGAAGAACGAGGAGCAGAAGGAGGAGGUGGACCUGAAGGCAGUCGAGCCUCCAAAGCCCGCGCUCAAGAAGGUCGAAAGACCAGAGGAGAAAAAUGGCGAUUUAGAAACGGGAUUCUUCGACGAUCCUGAAACAGGAAUGGUAAUAGUCAAAGUGGAAGGCAAGGAACUGUGUAGAGUCCCAGCCGAACAGAAAUCGAGGGCCCAAAGCUGGCAAUGGCUUAAGGAAGUUUUUGGCAAAAAGAGGCGAAAGUCGGUCGAAGAAACCAUUGAUUGGCCGAAACUGAUUGUACUGGAUCGAGAACUACUCAAGCCUAGCAACUCAGAACGGCGACGCUCGCUCGCGGACCUCAUUCCCGACUGGCCGAAGCUGCACCACUGGGAGAAACAAGAGUCGUUCAUGAAGCCCUUGGUCGACCAGCACGCAAAGGAGGGCAAGGACAAAAAGGUCAUGUUCGAGGCAGUUUUCUCAAAGCCCAACUGCAAACCGAAAUGGUUUGUCCGCAAGGAUGAACUUUUCCCCGGCUCAAAAUACAAGUUCAAGAACGAGAACGAUGUUUAUCAACUUAUCAUUUUCCAACCCAAAGUGGAGGACACUGGAAAAUACACUAUUGAAUUUGCCGGCGUCAGCUGCACGGCCUACCUCACGGUUGAGGAGGCCGACCCGGUUUACACGUUCUUGAAGCCUCUCGCAAAGAAGACAAACGGUUACAUUGGUUUCGAGGUCCAGCUCGAAUGUACCGUGAGCAACAGCAUGGCUCAGAUCAGUUGGUGGCAGGGCGACAAGAAAAUCGAGGACGGAGACCGAUUCAGCAUCUCAAAGGAUCUGAGCGGCGUGUGCCGUUUGGUGAUCAAAAGUGCCCUGGCUUCCGACGGUGGCCAAAUCACCUGCCGUAUCGAAAAGCAGGAGGAUAAGACCAUCACUAAUCUCAGCGUUGUUGACUACCCUUACAAGUUCACCAAGGUACUCAAGAGCCAGACUUGCACAGAGAAGGACACCAUCACCCUUUUGUGCGAGUUGGACGACGCUGGCGGCGAGGUCAAGUGGUUCAAAAACGGCGAGGAGAUCAAGCCGGAUAAGAGGAUUCAGAUCUUGAAGGACGGCCGCAAGAGAAAACUGGUGAUCAAGGACGCCAAGGUCACCGACGCUGGCAUGUACAAAUGUACCAGCAAUGCGGAUGAGACCGAAGGAGAGGUUGUUAUCGAUUACAUGAAUCGGUUUAACAAGAAACUCAAAGACACCGCAAUCGUCGAGCGUGAAAAACUGGUGCUCGACAUCGAAUUGCAAGACCAAACUGCACCUGCCGAGUGGUUCUUCAAUGGCAAACCGAUUGUUCCUGAUGGAGACAGGAUUGAGAUCAAGAACCUGGGCGGUGGAAAGCACCAACUGAUCAUCAACCGCGCCGAGAUGUCAGACGAGGGUGAAAUCACCUGCGAGUCCGGCAAGCUCAAGUCGAGCUGCAACAUCUCAGUGAAGAAGGGCGAGUCGAAGCCGUCCAUCAACAUGGCAGGUGAUGUAGAAGGACCGGUGACGAAACCGAUCAUUUUCGAGGUGCCAUACACAGUUGAAGGGACGCGGCUGUCGCAAGUUGAGGCCAAGCUGAUCAAGGACGGCAAGACGCUGCCGCUCAAGGAGGUCGAGAUUGUCGUGCAGGACGACAAGGUCACGAUUAAAUUCAAGAAGCCGGUUCGCAAUCUUUCCGGACCAUAUAAGAUCAAAUUGUCCAACUCGCAGGGCGAUGACACUCGAGAUAUCAAAAUUAACAUGCAAGAUGUCCCUGGAUCACCUCAAGACAUCAACGUCACAGACGUUUUCCAGACCUCGUGCGUAGUGCACUGGAAGGCACCGAAAGACGACGGUGGCUCUCCACUUUUGCACUACGUCCUGGAAAGACAGGAUCUCAGUGCCAAAGGCGGAUGGUCAUCGGUGGCCGAGGUUCCGGUUGGACAGCCAACCACCUUCAAGUGCGAAGACCUAUCACCCAAAAAGGAAUACAAAUUCAGGGUCAAGGCUGUUAACAAGAUGGGAGCCUCAGAGCCAACAACCUUCAACAAAACAAUCCUGGCCAAGGAUCCUUGGGACGAGCCAAGCAAGCCCAACAAUGUGGAGGUGCUUGACUGGGGCAAGGACCACGCUGAUCUCAAGUGGACCAAGCCUGAGUCCGAUGGAGGAGCUCCAAUUACAGGCUACGUCAUUGAGUUCAAAGAAAAGUUCGCUAAGGAUUGGAGCCCUGGAAAAGAGAUCGGAGACGUUUUGGGCGCAACCAUUGACGGCCUGAAGGAGGGCUGCCAGUACGAGUUCCGAGUCAGGGCCAUAAACAAGGCUGGUCCUGGUACACCCAGUGAUGCCACCAAGCCAAUCAUUGCAAAGGAAAGAUUCGUCAAACCUUUCAUUAUUGGCAACGACUUGAUCAACAUUGUUGUCAAGAAGGGACAGGUCAUCGCUUACGACAUCAAGUACGGAGGCGAACCUGAACCUGAGGUUGUCUGGAAGCGAGACACAACCGAGCUGAAGGAAGAUGCACCACCAGAUCAGAGAACCACCAUUGACAAGUACGAGCGCAAUACAGUUCUCACAGUGCGUAGAACCGUCAGAGGAGACAGUGGAAAGUACAAGCUCAUUUUGAGCAACACUUCGGGCUCUUGCGAGGCUAGUGCUGAUGUGGUUGUGCUUGACAAACCAUCAAGACCAAUUGGCCCACUUAAGGCUGAGGAGGUCAGAGCUGACCACAUCAAGGUCAAGUGGGAGAAGCCUGCGGACAACGGUGGCUCCGAAAUUACCGGCUAUGUGCUGGAAAAGAUGGACCUGGACACCGGACGCUGGGUGCCUGCUGGAGAGGUUAGCGCCGACAAGGACACCUUCAAAGUGGAGGGACUGACACCUAAGAAGAAAUACAAGAUUAGAGUAAAGGCUGUGAACAAAGAGGGAGAAUCCGAACCGUUGGAGACGGAAGAAGCCAUUUUGGCCAAGAAUCCGUAUGAUGAGCCUGGACGUCCUGGUAAACCCGAAAUCUUUGAUUACGAUAAUCAAAGUGUCAGCCUACGCUGGACAAAGCCUGAAACCGACGGCGGUCGCCCAAUCUCGCACUACACGGUCGAGAUGAAAGAUAAAUUCUCAGUUGAGUGGGUCGAGGUGGCGAAAACCUCAGACCCGACUUGCGAGGCCAAAGUCGAAGGCCUCAAAGAAAAGAUGAUCUAUCAGUUCAGAGUAAGGGCUCACAAUAAGGCUGGUAACGGCGAGCCUAGUGACCCAACUGAUAACCACGUCUGCAAGCAUAGGAAUCUGAGACCAAGAAUUGACCGCUCUACGUUCAAGGGAGUUACGAUCAAAGCGGGACGUGCCCAUAAGUGGGCCGUCGAUAUUUCGGGUGAACCUCCUCCAACCAUUCGAUGGGUUUGGAGAGACAACGUUCCCCUUACAAACACAGCCAAUAUCAAAGUUGAAAACAUCGACUAUCACACAGAUUACUCAAUUAUCAGUACCUCCAGGAAGGAUUCUGGUCGGUACACACUUAUUGCCGAAAACAAAUCCGGGUCAGAUCAGGAGACUGUAGAACUGACCGUCCUUGACAAACCAUCUCCUCCUUUGGGUCCUCUGGAAGUGACCAAGGUCCACAAGGAGGGAUGCAGCCUCCAGUGGAAGAAGCCAGAAGACGACGGCGGCACUCCUAUCAGGGAGUUCGAGAUCGAGAAGAUGGAUCUGGACACUGGCAAGUGGGUGCGCGUUGGAAAGAUCCCGGGAGAAAGGACGGACAUGAUGGUGUGCGGCCUGGAGCCUGGGCACAAGUACAAGUUCAGAGUUACAGCCGUCAACGAUGAGGGAGACUCGGAGCCUUUGGUUGCUGAGCAAGCAAUUGUUGCCAAAAAUCCUUAUGACGAGCCUACCAAGCCAGGAACUCCAGAGAUCACUGAUUACGACAACGAGAGUGUUAAUCUCAAAUGGACCGCGCCUAGCAGCGACGGUGGAGCCAAAAUUGAGAAGUACAUCAUUGAAAAGAAGGACAAGUACAAGCCAGACUGGGAAAAGGCCAUUGAAGUUCCUGGAGAUCAGCUCGCUGCCAAGGUGCCUGACCUCAAGGAGAGGGCCGAGUACCAGUUCAGGAUAGUGGCGGUCAACAAGGCUGGUCCUUCUCCUGCAUCCGAACCAACUGGCAUGCACAUGGUCAAGCACAAGGCUCUGAAACCGAGAAUCGAUCGCACCAACUUGAAGCCAAUAGUCAUCAAGGCUGGAAAGAUGGUCAAAUACGACGUCAACAUCAAGGGCGAGCCGCCUCCAUCUGUCAAAUGGGUGGUUAAGGACACUGAGGUCAAGUCCGAGGGCAACAUUGAAAUCAUCAAUGUUGACUACAACACCAAGAUCACCAUCAGCGACGCUGUCCGCAAAAACACCGGCUUGUACAAAAUCAUUGCCGAGAAUCAGCACGGCAAAGAUGAGGCUGAGGUUGAGAUCACUGUAUUGUCCGCACCUGCCAGGCCAAAGGGUCCUCUCAAGGUGUCCGACGUCACCAAGAACAGCUGCAAGCUCAAAUGGGAUAAGCCCGAGGACGAUGGUGGUUUGCCAAUUCAGGCAUACCAGGUGGAAAAACUGGACACCGCCUCCGGCCGAUGGGUGCCCGUUGGAAGAACCGACAAGCCUGAAAUGGACGUCAAGGGUCUGCAGGAGGGCAAGGAGUACCACUUCAGAGUCAAGGCUAUUAACGAGGAGGGCGAGAGUGAACCUCUUGAAACCGAGAGUGCCACUUUGGCUAAGAAUCCUUAUGACGUACCUGGAAGUCCUGGAGUUCCCGAGCUCACCGACUGGGACGUGGACCGGGUUGACCUCAAGUGGGAGCCACCAAAGAACAAUGGUGGUGCUCCAAUCACUGGAUAUAUUGUUGAGAAGAAAGAGAAACUUGGAAGCUCUUGGGAAGAGGUUCUCAGCACAACUGGACCAGAUCCCAAGGGACGUGUUGAUGGCCUUCGUGAGGGCAACACAUACCAAUUCCGCGUUCGUGCUGUUAACAAGGCCGGACCUGGAGAGGCCAGCGAACCUACAAAGCCACAUAUUGCCAAGGCUCGUUUCCUCAAGCCCACGAUCAACAGGGAGAAGAUGCAGAAAAUUGUCAUCAGGGCAGGACAGUCAAUCAAAUUCGACGUCGACAUCAAGGGUGAGCCUCCUCCAGCCACCACCUGGAGCAUUGGGUCCAAGACCCUUGAAAAUAGUCCCACCUGCAAAAUUGAGAAUGUGGACUACAACACCAGACUCACAGUUACUGAUGCCACUCGCAAGGACACUGGCACUUACACCUUGAAGGCCGUCAACGACUCCGGCUCAGACGAGGCCACCGUUGAAGUUUGUGUUCUUGACAAGCCAGGAAAGCCGGAAGGACCUUUGGAGGCCCUCGAAGUGCACAAGGAGGGAUGCAAGCUCAAGUGGAAGAAACCCAAGGACGAUGGUGGUCUGCCCAUCACCAACUACGUUGUUGAGAAAAUGGAUGUGGCUACCGGAAAGUGGGUACCAGCUGGCAACGCAGACCCUGAGAACCCUGAACUUGAAAUCAAGGGUUUGGAGCCAAUGAAAAAGUACCACUUCCGCGUCAAGGCGGUGAACGAGGAGGGUGAAUCCGAGCCACUAGAAACUGACACUGCUAUUCUGGCAAAGAAUCCUUUCGAUGUACCAGCAGUUCCAGGAAUGCCGGACAUUGUCGACUGGGAUGAGACCAUGGUUAAGCUCAAGUGGGACCCACCUAUCAGAGAUGGUGGCUCUCCAAUCACUGGCUACGUUAUUGAAUUUAAGGACAAGCAGAGCGGCAAACCCGAUUUUGUUAAGUGCGCAGAGGUGCACGGCAAUGUUUGCACAGGCACUGUUCCUAAAUUGGAGGAGGGCAACGUCUACCAAUUCAGAGUGAGGGCCGUCAACAAGGCUGGACAGAGUGAGCCCAGCGAAGAAACCAAUCCUCAUAUUGCCAAGCCAAGAAAUCUUGCACCUAAAAUCGACAGGACUAAUCUCGAAGCAAUUAAUAUCAAGGUUGGUCAGCAAGUUUCACUUGAUGUCAACAUCAUUGGAGAGCCCCCUCCAAAGGUCACUUGGACCUUCAAGGAGAAGGAGCUGCAGUCCGACGAGUUUGUCAGAAUUGACAACAUUGAUUAUAACACGAAGUUCUUUAUCAUGAGAGCCAGAAGAGCACAGAGUGGAACGUACAAAAUUACAGCAACCAAUGCCUCAGGAACUGACACAGCUGAGGUUAGCAUUACUAUUCUUGGUAAGCCAACUACGCCCAAGGGACCUCUUGAGGUUAAUGAUAUUACCAAGAACGGAUGCAAACUUAAGUGGAAGAAGCCCGAAGAUGACGGCGGCUCACCAAUUGAGUAUUAUGAAAUUGAAAAAUUGGAUCCUCUGACCGGACAAUGGCUGCCCUGUGGAACUUCAAAAGAACCUGAGGCUAACAUCACUGGCCUUCAGGAAGGAAAGCCAUACAAAUUCAGGGUAAGGGCUGUUAACAAGGAGGGUGAGUCUGAAGAGCUGGAGACCGAAAAACCGAUUAUUGCCAAAAAUCCAUUCGACGAGCCCGGCAAACCUGGAAGACCUGAGCUCAGAAACUGGGACAAGGACUUCGUUGAUCUUGAAUGGGCCGCUCCUAAGAGCGAUGGCGGUGCUCCCAUUGAGAAAUACAUCAUUCAGAUGAGAGACAAGGAGGGCAGAAACUGGGUUGACGCAUGCAGCGUACCUGGAGGCAAAACUGUCGGCCGCGUCACUAACGUUGAAGAAGGUCAUGAAUAUGAAUUCCGCAUCGUGGCACAAAACAAAGCUGGGCCAUCUGAGCCCAGUGACCCAUCUAAGUCAGUUGUCUGCAAACCUCGCUUCUUGGCACCUAGGAUUGAUCGCAAGAACCUGCUCAAGAAGGUCAUUCACGCUGGCCAGCUGCUGGUGAUUGAGGCUGACGUACAGGGUGAACCUCCUCCAGAAAUUAUCUGGUUGCUGAAGGAACAGCCUUUGAAGAAUACAGACAAGCUGAAAAUUGAAAAUGAAGAUUAUAAAACGAAAUUCACUUUGAGCAAGUCAACACGUUCCGACACUGGAAUUUACAAGGUCACUGCUAAGAACAGUUCCGGCACUGACCAAGUAGAUGUUGAUAUUUGCGUGUUGAGCGCUCCUGGCAAGCCAAAGGGCCCGCUUAAGGUGUCUGACGUCACUGCCGAGAGUGUCAAGCUCAACUGGGAGAAGCCAGAAGAUGACGGUGGUGUUCCUAUUGACCAUUACGUGGUUGAAAGGAUGGACACUGACUCUGGAAGGUGGGUUCCUGUCACGACAACAAAGCUUCCAGAAGCUGAGGUGCCUGGCCUGAAUGAAGGAAAGGAGUACAUGUUCAGAGUUAAGGCCGUCAAUGCCGAAGGAGAAUCUGAGCCUCUUGAUACUGACGUGCCAGUUAUCGCGAAGAACCCAUACGACCCCCCGGAGAAACCUGGCAAGCCAGAUGUCAAGGAUUGGGGAAAACACUUUGCAGAUCUCAAAUGGGCUGCGCCUAAGAACGACGGUGGCGCUCCAAUUACUUCCUAUGUUGUUGAAAAGAAAGAUCAAUACAGCUCUAAGUGGCAAAAGGCUAUUGAAAUUAUUGGCAACAAGUGCGAAGCAAAGGUGCCUGAUUUGGUUGAGGGCAUGAAAUACCAAUUCCGAGUUCGCGCCUGCAACAAAGCCGGACAGAGCAAGCCUAGCGAACCAAGCGAAACAAUUCUCGCUAAGGACCGAUAUACUCCACCGAAGAUCGACAGAACCAAUCUUAACAAUAUGUCAAUCAAGGCCGGACAGCCCUUCAGGUUGGAUGUGAAAAUUUCUGGUGAACCUCCUCCAAAGAAGUCUUGGUUCUGUAAUAAGGCCCGUCUGGAAACAAAGGACAACAUGACGGUUGACUUUGAAGAUUAUCGCACUAAACUUUUUAUCACCGGAAUUUCCCGCCCAUAUUCUGGAACUUGGGUCAUUAAGGCUGAAAAUGAUUCCGGAAAAGAUGAGGCUUCUUUCGAAAUCACAGUAUUGGACAGGCCAGGCAAGCCUGAAGGACCACUCAGGGUAGCUGAUGUACACAGAGAGGGCUGCAAUCUUAAAUGGAACCCACCUUUGGAUGACGGCGGUUGUCCUUUGGAAGGAUAUGUCGUUGAAAAAAUGGAUACUGAAAAGGGCAGGUGGGUACCUGUUGGAAGGUGCAAAGAGCCAAAGAUGGAGGUUGAAAAUUUGGAGCCUGGCCAGGAAUAUAAGUUCAGAGUCAUGGCUGUAAACUCCGAGGGUGAGUCCGAACCUCUAGAUGUGCUGGAACCAAUCAUUGCCAAAAAUCCCUACGAUGAGCCCGGAGCACCUGGCAGGCCAGAGGCCACAGAUUGGGACAGAGACCACGUUGAUCUUAAGUGGACAGCACCAGAGAAGGACGGUGGCUCGCCAAUCACUGGCUAUGUCAUUGAAAAGAAAGAGAAGGGAACUACCAAGUGGGUGAAAUGUGGUGAGUCGAAGGGGCCCGAAUGCAGCGGCCGCGCUCAGAACUUAGAGGAAGGCCAAACUUACGAGUUCAGGGUUCGCGCCGUCAACUUGGCAGGACCUGGAGAACCCAGCGAUGCCAGCAAGCCCAUUACCGCCAAGCCCCGCAAGUUGGCGCCUAAGAUCGACCGCAAGAACCUGCGCAGCAUCACUGUUCGUGAAGGCGAGCCAAUUUAUAUUGAUGUUAAAAUUCAGGGUGAGCCUGCACCUGACGUCACGUGGGCCAUGAAUGGCAAAUCGUUCAAGCAAACCAGCGCUAAGCGAGUUGAGGAUGUGCCUUAUAACUCUAAGUUCUACAUCGACAAACCUGAGCGCAAAGACACUGGUGUUUAUAAAAUUCAAGCCACCAACCAACACGGUUCUGACAACGCAGAUGUUGAAAUCACUGUGGUUUCUAAGCCCGGAGCACCAGAAGGUCCUCUGGAGGUCUUUGACAUUCACAAGGAUGGCUGCAAACUGAAAUGGAAGAAGCCAAAAGAUGAUGGUGGAGAGCCAAUUGAAAAUUACUUGGUUGAGAAGUUUGACCCUGAUACUGGAAUGUGGCUUCCUGUUGGAAACAGCACGAAUCCAGAAAUGGAGGUAACAGGUCUCACUCCCGGCCACGAGUAUCAGUUCAGAGUGCGUGCUUGUAACAAGGAGGGAGUCUCCGAUCCUCUUGAUACUCUAUCUCCGAUUAUUGCAAGAGAUCCAUUCACAGUUCCUGAUGCCCCUGGUGCACCAGAGAUAGUUGACUGGAGCCAAACUCAUGCUGAUCUCGUCUGGAAGGAACCAGCUUCCGACGGCGGCUCCUUCAUCUUGGGCUACAUUGUGGAGAAGAAAGACAAGUACAGUUCAAUGUGGGAGAAGGCCUUGGAAACAAACAACGCUCUUCCUCAGGCCGUAGUUCACAACCUGAUUGAAGGAAAUGAAUAUCAAUUCCGCAUCAUCGCCUUUAACAAGGCUGGUCAGAGUGAGCCAUCUGAGCCAAGCAAGACAUUCUUGGCCAAGGCGCGAUACCUGCCGCCGAGAAUUGACCGCAAAAACCUCAGAGACGUCAAAAUCUCUGCUGGAUCCACGCUUAAGUACGAAGCGGCCAUCAUUGGAGAACCUCCUCCAAAUGUUGAGUGGCGUGAUGCUGGUGGUCCAUUGAAACAAUCUAAGAAAGUCAACAUUGACAAUGUUGAUUAUAACACCAAGCUUAUCAUUAGGCCAGUCCAGAGAGGAGACUCUGGUGAAUACACAGUCAUCGCCUCUAACAGCUCUGGAAAGGACUCGGUCACCGUCAAUGUCAUUGUCACCGACAAGCCUAGCAGCCCAGAAGGACCUCUACAGAUCAGCGAUGUUCACAAGGAAGGCUGCAAGCUCAAGUGGAAGAGGCCAAAGGACGACGGUGGUGUGCCAAUUGAUUACUAUCAAGUUGAGAAACUCGACCCUGAGACCAACACCUGGGUGCCUUGCGGCCGCAGCUCAGAACCUCAGCUCGAUGUGGCCGGUUUGACACCUGGCAAGGAGUACAAAUUCCGAGUUGCUGCAGUCAAUUCCGAAGGCGAGUCUGAACCUUUGGUUGCUGAGCAGUCCAUCAUCGCCAAGAACCCCUUCGACGAACCUGGAAAGCCAGGAGAUCUGAAGGCGGUUGAUUGGGACAAGGACUUCGUCGCGCUUGAAUGGAAGCCACCCAAGGAGGAUGGUGGUUCACCAAUUACUGGAUACAUUAUUGAAAAGAAGGACAAGUUCGGCCACUGGGAGAAAGCCCUGGAAGUGCCUGGUGACAAAACUGCUGCAAAGGUUCCAGAUCUCAUUGAAGGAAUUCCUUACGAGUUCCGAGUCCGAGCUGUCAAUGCUGCUGGACCAGGAGAGGCGAGCAACACCACUCCUCCGAUUAUCACCAAGCCCAAGAAUUUGGCGCCAAAGAUCGAUCGCUCCAAACUGCACGAAGUGCGCAUCAAGGCUGGACAGAACUUCAACUUUGAUGUUCCAGUCAGCGGAGAGCCACCUCCAGACACCAAAUGGCUGCUCAGAGGCAAGGAGCAGAAGUCGAGUGAGAGGGUGAAGGUUCAGCACCCAGAGUACAACACCAAGUUAGUGGUGCGAAAUGCUACCAGGGCCGAAUCUGGCACCUGGACUAUCACUGCUGAGAACAUCAAUGGAAAGGACGAAGCCGAAGUUGUAGUGGUUGUCCUGGACAAACCAAGCCCACCUGGAGGACCACUCAAGGUGUCCGACAUCCAUGCCGAAGGCUGCAAGCUCAGCUGGAAUCCACCUGCCGACGACGGCGGCCAGCCCAUUGACAAGUAUGUUGUUGAAAAGCUGGACGAGGCCACUGGCAGAUGGGUACCUGCGGGUGAAACUGAUGGACCAGUUACCAACCUUGAAAUUGAUGGUCUUCAGCCUGGUCACAAGUACAAGUUCAGAGUGCGGGCAUGCAACAAACAGGGCAAGUCCGAUCCACUGCAGACAGCUCAGGCCAUUGAGGCUAAAAAUCCAUUUGAUCAACCAAGCAAACCUGGCACUCCUGACAUCACUGACUACGACAAGGACUUUGUCGAGCUUCAAUGGGCAAGGCCUGAUCAGGACGGUGGCUCACCAAUCACCGGCUACAUCAUUGAAAAGAAGGACAAGUUCAAUCCAAACUGGGAGAAGUGUGCAGAGGUUGUGGGUGAUACAACCACUGGUAGGGUUCCUGACCUAAUUGAAGGCAACACCUACGAAUUCAGGGUCAGGGCAGUCAACAAGGCUGGUCCUGGAGAAGCCAGUGAUGCCACCAAGCCUCACGUCGCUCGUCCCAAGAACUUGCCACCUCGCAUUGAUCGUCAUGCCCUCAUGGACAUUAAGAUUCGCGCCGGAGGCAACUUUGACUUUGAUGUGCCCGUCAUUGGUGAACCUCCUCCAAGCAAGGAAUGGAGCUUGAAGGGUAACGGUCUCAUCAACACUGACCGCAUCAAGAUCACCAACGAAAACUACAACACCAAGUUGCGCGUGAUUGACGCCAAGCGCGCCGACAGCGGCGUUUACACCAUCGAGGCCAGGAACAUCAACGGCAAGGAUACAGCCACCGUCAACGUGGUUGUCCUUGACGUGCCUCAGCCUCCAGAGGGCCCUCUGAAGCCAGACAACAUCACCAAGUCCUCCUGCUCGCUGUACUGGCGUCCGCCUAAGGAUGACGGCGGUUCCGAAAUCACCCACUACAGCGUCGAAAAACUGGACACUGAAAACAUGCGCUGGGUGCCAGUGGCUGAGGUCACAGGAACUACGGCCAGGGUGGAGAACCUCAUCGAAGGUCACGAUUACAACUUCAGAGUGCGUGCUGUUAACAAGCAGGGCGAGUCUCUGCCUUUGACUGGACGGGAGCCUAUCACAGCUAAGGAUCCGUUCGGCAAGCCAGACAAGCCAGGAGCACCUGAACCUACUGACUGGGACAAGGACCAUGUUGAUCUUGAAUGGGCUCCACCUAAGAAGGACGGCGGAUCGCCAAUUAAGUCCUACAUUAUUGAAAAGAGGACCAGAUUUGGACCUUGGGAAAAGGCUGCUGAAGUUCCUGGAACACAGACCAAGGGCACUGCUCCUAAUCUGACUGAAGGAGAGGAAUAUGAAUUCAGGAUCAUCGCUGUCAACAAGGGUGGUCCUGGAGAGCCCAGCGAGCCUUCUCGUCCAGUUAUUGCCAAGCCCAGAUUCCAGGCGCCAACUAUGGACAAGAAGUUCUUGCAGGAUUUGGUGGUCAAGGCUGGCCAGAAAAUCAGCUACACUAUUCCCAUCGAGGCCUCUCCCAGGCCUACUGCUCGCUGGUCAAUCAAUGGCAAGCCUGUGGAGCCGGGAGAUCGCGCGGACAUCCAGACCUUCUCCAAGCAGACGGUGUUCGAAAUUCCCUUCUCAGUGCGUUCCGAUACUGGCCGUUACCAACUGACCCUGGAGAACAACCUUGGCUCCUGCUCAGCAUCAGCCAUGGUAACUGUCCUGGACAGGCCAUCGCCGCCUGAAGGACCAAUGCUGGUCGGAGAGGUUACCAAAGAGAGCGCCAGAAUUGGCUGGAAGAUUCCCCUCGACGAUGGUGGCUGCCCAAUUCUGCACUAUUUGGUUGAGAAGAUGGAUGUAAGCAGAGGCACCUGGUCUGAAGCUGGCCAGUGCUCUGCCCUAACCUUUGACGUCCAACGACUGGUCCACAAGAAGGAAUAUCUCUUCAGAGUAAAGGCAGUCAAUGGAAUUGGCGAGUCUGAUCCUCUUGAGCUUGGACGAAGCAUCAUUGCCAAGAAUGAAUUUGAUGAGCCUGAUGCUCCUGGAAAGCCUCUUAUCACCGACUGGGACAAGGACCGCGUCGACCUCGAGUGGCCCGUGCCCAAGUCUGAUGGUGGUUCACCAAUUACUACAUAUUUCAUUCAGAAGAAGGAGAAGGGCAGUCCGAUCUGGCAAAACGCUUGCCAGGUUCCAGGCAAACAGAACAGCGCAACUGUACCUGAUUUGACUGAGGGACAGGAGUACGAAUUCCGUGUAAUUGCCGCCAACAAGACUGGCCAGAGUGAGCCUAGUGAGCCUUCGGACACUGUCAUCUGCAAGCCAAGGAAUUUGCCUCCCAAGAUCAAGAGCCCCCUUGCCGACAUUCGCAUCAAGGCCGGCCACAUUUUCCACGUGGACAUCGACUACGUGGGUGAACCAAAUCCUGAGGUUACAUGGACCAAUGGCAGCAAUGCGCUGAGAUCUGAUGAGAGGACCACCAUCACCUCCAUCAACUACCACACAAUUGUGCACACCGUCAACGCCAAGAGAACUGACAGUGGCACAUACUCGCUCAUGCUCAAGAACAAAAACGGCGUGGAUGAGGGCUCAUUCCAAUUGAUUGUGCUUGAUCGCCCUGGACCACCUGAGGGACCUCUCGAAUAUGAAGAGAUCACUUCAUCCAGUGUCACUCUGUCAUGGAAGCCUCCUAAGGACAACGGUGGCAGUGAUAUUACUGGAUAUGUGAUUGAGAAGAGAGAUCUUACCCAUGGAGGUGGCUGGGUGCCUGCUGUUUCUUAUGUCAAUCCCAAGUACAACCACGCCCAGGUGCCUCGUCUUCUCGAGGGCACUAAGUACGAGUUCCGAGUGUGUGCGGAGAACUUGCAAGGACGCUCUGAUCCUCUCACAACUGACCAGCCAAUUGUUGCCAAGAACCAGUUUGACGUUCCUGGACGUCCUGGCAGGCCUGAACCAAUUGACAGCGACAAGGACUUCAUCAAGAUCAAGUGGAAGGCGCCCAUCAGUAAUGGUGGAUCACCCAUCAUUGGUUACGAAGUUGAGCGCCGUGAGCGCAUGACUGGUCGCUGGGUCAAGGUCAGCAGAGACCCUGUCAGAAAUAAUGAGUUCUUGGACGAUCAUGUCCAUGAAGGCAAGCAGUACGAAUACCGUGUGACGGCCCUCAAUGCUGCUGGCCCUGGCAAACCAAGUGACACUUCUCACCCCAUUGCGGCAAAACCUAUGAAGGAGGCACCAAAACUGGACUUGUCCGGCAUCAAGGGCAAGAGAAUCAAGGUCCGUGCUGGCGAGACCAUCUACGCCAAGAUUCCUCUUUCUGGAGCACCUGUGCCCACCAUCGAAUGGACCAGAAACAGCUCCAAGCUGCCUGACUCCAACAGAAUCGCUUAUGAGACCGAUUGCGACUCGACUGUUCUCAAAAUUGAGAAGUCUCUCAGGACUGACAGUGGCAGAUACGUCAUCACUGCCUCAAACCAGUUCGGAAAAGACUCUGCUGACGUUGAGGUGGAGGUUGUCGAUAAACCAGGACCACCAAAGGGUCCUCUGGUUUACGACAAUAUUACUCAAGAGAGUGUUACGCUUUCAUGGGGACCCCCUCAGGACAAUGGAGGCAGCGACAUCACAGGCUAUGUGGUCGAGAUGACCGAAUAUGGCGUGGAUGGCUGGAGGGCCAUCCCUGGCUUCUGCCCCAAGACCAAUUUCACUGUCAAGGGUCUGCACGAUGGCAAGCGCUAUGUGUUCAGGGUUCGCGCCGAAAACAUUUACGGCGUGGGUGAGGCUCUCGAGGGCAAACCUGUUGUCGCCAAGAGCCCAUUCGACCCGCCAGAUGCGCCUGGAACGCCUGACAUCACCGCUUACACCCCGAACAGCUGCAGCCUCACUUGGACUCCUCCUGCCAAUGCUGGAGGAAGGCCCAUUACUGGUUAUUACGUUGAGAAGCGCGAGCGUGGUGGCGAAUGGAUAAAGUGCAACAACUACCCCAUCAGCGGGCUUAGCCACACAGUUCAAGAUCUCAGAGAGGGCAACCGCUACGAGUUCAGAGUCAUUGCCUGCAAUGAGGCUGGACCUGGCAAACCUAGCAAGGCCACCGAGCCCAUCACUGCUGGAGCUCAGCGCUUCAAACCUGAUGCUCCUGAUCAGCCCCAGGCCGACCGCAUCACCAGGGACAGUGUCACCAUUUCAUGGAGGCCGCCUAGGAAUGACGGCGGAGCCAAAAUCAAGGGCUACCUUGUCCAGAAGAAGGGCAAGAAUGACACGGAAUGGUCCGAUGUUAAUGGAGUGCCAUGCCCAAGCACUGUGUACAAGAUUCCUAACCUCAAGGAGGGCGAUGAGUACCAAUUCAGGGUGAUCGCUGUGAAUGAAGUUGGCCAGUCCGAGCCGAGCAGGCCGAGCGCCAAUAUCUUGAUUCACGAGCAGCCCAACAAGCCUUGCAUGGACUUGGGAGGCGUCAGGGACAUCACUGUCAGGGCUGGAGAGGACUUCUCCAUCCAUGUUUCGUACGUCGGCUUCCCCAAGCCCAGUGCUUCUUGGUUCUGCAAUGACAACAUCCUUGACGACACUGACACCAGGGUGUUCAUGAAGCUGACUGACGACAGUGCCAGCUUGGUUGUGAAGAACUCGAAGCGCACCGACGCCGGCCAGUACCGUCUGCAGUUGAGGAACCAGCACGGUUUUGACACAGCCACCUUGAACGUCCGCGUUUUGGAUAGACCUGGACCACCUGAGAAUCUGCGCGCUGACGAGUUUGCCGGUGAGGCUCUGACCCUCUUGUGGAACGCGCCUAAGGACAACGGAGGCGCUGACAUCACCAACUAUGUCAUUGAAAAGAAGGAGCAGCGCACGUCUGCAUGGACAAAGGUCAGCAGCUACGUCACCACCACCUUUGUGCGCAUCCGCAACCUCACCGUAGGUCGCGAGUACGACUUCAGGGUCAUUGCCGAGAACCAGUACGGCCAGUCUGACCCUGCAGUCACUCCCGAAGCCAUCAGGGCCAAGCAUCCGUUCGAUGUACCUACUGCUCCUGGCACUCCUCGUGGCCUUGACACCACUGAGGAUUCGAUCACCAUUGGCUGGAGCAAGCCUAGGAGCGACGGUGGUGCCAUUAUUAGCGGCUAUGUUAUUGAGAGGAGGUUGAAGGGCGAGGACAAGUGGAUCAGGGCUGUGCACGGUUUGGUGCCUGACCUUAGCCACAGGAUUAUCAACCUGCUUGAAUCCCAUGAGUACGAAUUCCGCGUAGCUGCCGUGAACGCCGCUGGCCAGGGACCGUUCAGCGCGGCCUCCGAUCUCAUUUGCUGCCAGCCACCUCGCGGCCCGCCGAAGAUCACCAGUGACCUGAGCAUCAGGGAUAUGACCGUGAUCGCCGGCGAGGAGUUCACCAUCACCGUGCCCUUCCUGGGUAAUCCUCAGCCUAAACCACACUGGACCAUCAACGGCGAGGAGGUGCUCAGCUCAGACAGGAUCAAGUUUGACACCAGCGUCUCCGCCACGGUGUUCAUCAACAAAUCGGCCAAGAGGUCGGACACUGGAAAUUACACCAUCCAGCUCACCAACACCGAGGGGUCAGACACCGCCUCUUGCAAGGUCCUGGUUGUUGACAAACCAACACCACCACUUGGACCUCUGGAUGUUUCUGACAUCACUCCUGAAACUUGCUCUCUGUCUUGGAAACCACCCAAUGACGAUGGUGGUUCUCCAAUCACCAACUAUGUUGUGGAGCGUCUUGAUCCAUCAAUUAAUAUGUGGUCAAAGGUCAGCAGCUUUGUACGCAGCUGCCACUAUGACGUGAUCGGUCUGGAGCCAAACAAGAAGUACAGCUUCAGGGUCCGCGCCGAGAACCAGUAUGGCGUCUCCGACCCUCUGGAAACUGACCAGCCGAUCGUGGCCAAGUUCCCGUUCACGGUUCCCGACGCGCCAGGAAAUCCUCGCGUGGUCGACUGGGACUCAGGAAACGUCACCGUCACCUGGGACAGGCCCCGUUCAGACGGAGGCUCGCGCAUCCAGGGAUACAAACUCGAGUUCAGGGAUGUUGUUGAAGACCAGCAGUGGCGCCAGGCCAGCGACUACCUGCUCAAGGACCAGACCUAUGUUGUCCACUCGCUGCUCACUGGACACGAGUAUGAGUUCAGAGUCAAGGCCAAGAACGCCGCAGGCUUCAGCAAGCCGAGCAAUAAUUCUCACCGAUUCAAGCUCAAGGGCAAGUUUGGUGUGCCUUCUCCACCUUUGGCACCAAAGAUUGUCAAGGUUGGCAAGAACUACGUGGACCUUAUCUGGGAGCCACCUCAGUCUGAUGGUGGAUCUCGCAUCACCGGCUACAUUGUUGAAAAGCGUGAGGUCGGAGGUCCGUCGGUUUGGGUCAAGUGCAACGAGUACAAUGUACUCGACUGCUCUUACUGCUGCUUGAACCUUGUUGAAAGGUCUGACUACGAAUUCCGCAUCUUUGCUGUGAACGCUGCUGGAAAGAGUGAGCCUAGCAACUGCACCACUCCAGUGAAGGUUUGCGAGAUCGACGGUGGGCUGAAGCCUGAGUUUGUCCGUAACAUCACCAACCAGACCGUGCCCUUGGGCAAGUCUGUCACUCUGGAGUGUGAGGCCAUUGGCACGCCUAAGCCCACGGCUAGGUGGUACCGCAACGGCCGCGAACUCAACCUUGGAGCUCGUGCUCGCGCCGAAUCUAAGGAUGGAGUGUUCAGGUUGUUCAUUGAGGAGGCGAUUAGCAUGGACGACGGCAGCUACACCUGCGAGGCCAGCAACAGUCUUGGCUUUGUCCACUCGACCGCCUAUCUUAAAGUUGGAACUCCACCAAGGAUUGACCGAAUGCCUGAUGACCAGUUCUUGGCCGAAAAGGACAAUACCAAGAUCAAAAUUUAUUACACCGGUGACCAGCCCAUGCAAGUCGUUCUUUCAAAGAACGGAACUCCGAUCAGCGAGUCGCCCCAUCUUAAAUACACCGUCUUUGAUGAGUAUCUCAUCAUCUUCAUCAAAGACAUCAAUAUGGAGGACGGCGGCGAGUACACCAUCACGUGCAAGAAUGACAGCGGCAGUGCCUCUGCGUCUUUCAACGUGUACAUCACCGGCCUGCCCGGCAUUCCCAUCGGCCCUCUGGACGUUUCCAACAUUUCCAAGCACAUGUGCACCCUCAACUGGAAGGUGCCUGCUUACGACGGCGGCCUGAAGAUCACGCACUACGUCGUUGAGAGGCGCGACAUCAGCCUGCAGCACUGGAUAACCGUUUCUAGCUACUGCAAGGAGACCACAUUCACCGUCCAGGGUCUGACUGAAGGACAGGAAUACCUGUUCAGAGUGCUGGCCGUCAACGAAAACGGCAUGGGACCUGCACUGGAGGGAACCAAUCCUAUCAAGGCCAAGGCUCCAUUCGAUCCUCCAUCUGCACCUGGCACGCCCGAGGUCAAGGAGGUCGGAGGCGACUUUGUCCACCUGUCUUGGGAGAAGCCCGAGUCGGACGGAGGCGCUCGCGUCCAGGGUUACUGGAUCGAGAAACGCGAGGCUGGCAGCUCCUCUUGGCAGAGGGUCAACACCGUGCUGUGCCUGCCGAACCAGAUCAACAUCAGCAACCUUAUCGAGGACCGCCAGUACGAGUUCCAGGUGUUCGCCGUCAACGAGGCCGGAAUUUCUCCACCUUCCACCAAUUCCUCCUCCGUCAAGAUCAAGGAUCCCAAAGCCGCCACUCCUCCCGAGUUCACCACUCCUUUGCGCAAUUGCAUGGCUGUCCAGAACAAGAACGGACAGUUCCAGUGCACCGUCACUGGCACGCCGAGACCAGUCAUCAACUGGUACAAGGGUGCUCGUGAAAUUACUCAGGGCAGCAAGUAUCACAUGCUGAAGGAGGGCAACACCUACACCCUGAUCAUCAACGAGGUGUACGGAGAGGAUGCGGACGAGUACGUCUGCAGGGCCACCAACAAGGGUGGCGUUAAGUCCAGCCGCGCCGAGCUCAUUAUCAUGACUGCACCAAAGUUGAACGUGCCACCUCGCUUCCGCGACACAGCCUUCUUCGACAAGGGCGAGAAUGUGAUCAUCAAGAUUCCAUUCAUUGGUUGCCCCAAGCCGAAGAUCAGUUGGUCCAAGGAGGGUGAGACCGUCGAGUCUGGUGCUCACUUCAAGGUUGAGAGGAAAGACAGGCACGCCAUCCUGACCAUCAGGGACGGCACCAAGCUGGACAGCGGUCCUUAUAAGAUUGUGGCUGAGAAUGAUCUGGGAACUGACAGCGCCAUCAUCAAGGUCCAGAUCAGCGAUCGUCCUGAUCCUCCACGCUUCCCAAUGACGGACAAUGUUGGUCACGACUCACUGGCCCUCAUUUGGAAGGCGCCUUUGUGGGACGGCGGCAGCAACAUCACCAACUACCUUGUGGAGAAGCGCGAGUUGCCGAUGAACAGUUGGAUCAGGGUGGGCAGCACCCGUUUCACCACCAUGGCCAUCACCGGUCUGAGCGCUGGACACGAGUACGAGUUCAGAGUGUACGCCGAAAACGUGUAUGGCCGCAGCGACCCAAGUGACAUCUCCACCACUGUCAAGACAAAGGAAACGAACAAGAAGCAAAUUAAGAAGAAGCAGUUUGAGGUCGAUGCCACUGGCAAGAAGAUCCGUGGCAAGCCCGAAGGAAAGAUUGACGACUAUGAUCAGUUCGUAUUUGACAUCUAUUCGAAGUACAUCCCUCAGCCGGUGGACAUCAAGUCAACCAGUGUCUACGAUUACUACGAUAUUUUGGAGGAAAUCGGCACUGGCGCCUUUGGUGUGGUCCACAGGUGCAGGGAACGCAAGUCUGGCAACAUUUUUGCCGCCAAGUUCAUCCCCGUUUCUCACACAAUCGAGAAGGAGCUCAUCCGAAAGGAAAUCGAUAUCAUGAACCAGCUGCACCACAACAAACUCAUCAAUUUACACGAUGCAUUUGAGGAUGACGACGAGAUGGUCCUGAUCUUUGAAUUCCUGUCCGGUGGAGAACUGUUUGAAAGGAUCACUGCAGAGGGAUACACAAUGUCUGAGGCUGAGGUCAUCAAUUACAUGAGACAAAUUUGCGAGGCGGUGAAACACAUGCAUGAGAAGAACAUUAUUCACUUAGAUAUCAAACCUGAGAACAUCAUGUGCCAGACGCGUGUGAGCACCAACGUGAAGCUGAUCGACUUUGGUCUGGCGACCAAGUUGGACCCGAACGAGGUGGUCAAGAUCUCGACAGGCACUGCUGAAUUUGCGGCGCCCGAGAUCGUGGAGCGCGAGCCCGUUGGUUUCUACACAGACAUGUGGGCCGUGGGCGUGCUGACCUACGUGCUGCUCAGUGGCCUCUCACCCUUCGCAGGCGAAAACGAUAUUGAGACUCUCAAGAACGUGAAAGCCUGCGACUGGGACUUUGAGGAGGAGACUUUCAUGAAUGUCUCCGCGGAAGGCAAAGAUUUCAUCAAAAGACUGUUGGUUAAGAAUAAGGAGAAGCGCAUGACUGCCCAUGAGUGUUUGAUGCACGCAUGGUUGACUGGCGACCACUCCAAUAGGACAGAAAUUAUCAGCCAAUCGAGGUAUCUCAGGAUACGCGACAAGAUCCGUGCCAGAUACAGCGAUUGGGACUCAUUCCUGGUACCCAUCGGCCGAUUGGCUGAAUACAGCGCCCUUAGGAAGCUCAUUGUUGACAAAUAUCGCAUCCAUGAGACAUCAUUUGACCGCAGACAAGCCGCUCCGCGAUUUGUGAUAAAGCCACAGAGUGCAUUCGCUUAUGAAGGACAAAGUGCCAAGUUCACGUGUAGAGUGAUAGGACUCGCCACCGCCACACUCUCGUGGUAUCACAACAACGUCGAGCUCCGACAAAGUGUUAAGUUCAUGAAGAGGUACGCCGGCGAGGACUACACCUUCGUCAUCAACAGAGUCAAGCUCGACGACAGAGGAGAGUACAUUAUUAGGGCAGAGAACCACUUUGGCUACAGAGAAGAAGUUGUCUUCCUCAACGUCCAACCUAUUUCGAGAGCAAUUCCUCAGUACAAACCAGAGGCCGCUCCGGUGAGGAGAAGAGAAGCCGUGGGCUAUCCCUUGUGGCAGGAAGAGAAGGAGUGCGCGCCGUGCUUCACCUUCCUUCUGCGUCCUCGCGUUAUGCAGAUCCACCAGACCUGCAAACUCCUCUGUUGUCUAAGCGGAAAACCAACACCGACAGUGAAAUGGUUCAAGGGAGGCCGAGAACUUUCAAAGUACGAGUACUCAAUGACCCACUCGGACGGUGUCAUCACCAUGGAAAUUCUGGACACCAAACCGGAAGACUCCGGCAAAUACAGAUGUGUGGCAAAGAACAAGCACGGAGAGGAUGAGACCAGCUGCGUAGUUAUUGUUGAAGGCUUUGGGCAAACAGCUGAACAGUCUGAUGAAGCUCACAAACUGUUGUAUUCUGGAGACCGACGAUAUAUUGAGGGUCCAGCAAGACCACCCCCGCCAAGAGAAAUUGUUGUAAACUCACAGAAAACGACAGUCCAAAACAACUACACAAGCUCCAGUCACUCCAGUCACAAAUCGGCCGCCACAAUUGCAGUUAGUCAAUCAGACACCAGCAUCAAUGAAACUGCCAAGAGGAAUAUUAAGAAGUACGGAAACAACCUGAACGCCAGCAGUAGUCCAUCCAGAUCGAGGAGCGCGACGAAAGAAUUAAUUUUGCCUCCCGAUGACUCGUUGAUGUGCCCGCCCAGUUUUACAAAGAAACUGGCAGACCUUCAGAUUAAGGAUGGUGAACCUUUGACUCUUACCUGCAGUAUCCAGGGUGACCCUGAUCCUCAGGUCACCUGGUACAAGAACGGAGAACUUUUGAGCUCUUCCGACAUCAUUGACUUGAGAUAUAAGAGCGGAGUUGCAACCCUUUCGAUUCAGGAAGUGUUCCCUGAGGACGAGGGUCAAUAUGUCUGCAAGGCCAUCAACACGAUUGGCUCUUCAGAAACCACUUGCAAGCUCAAAGUCUUCCCAAUGGAUGCCGCGACGGCCGCCGCCAGAGCCAACCUUGGAGACAAACCACCCAAGAUUGUGAACCACUUGACCUCAGUUUAUGUCAAUGACGGUGAAAUGGUUACGCUCGAGUGCAAGAUUAUAGGAGCCAAAAAGUUCGACGUAAUCUGGCUGCACAACAACAAGGAGAUCAAGCCUAGCAAGGACUUCGAGUACGAGAACAAGGGCAACUCUUACAAACUCAACAUCGCCGAGAUCUUCCCAGAAGACUCUGGCAUCUACACGUGCGAGGCUUUCAACGACGCUGGCGAAUCCUUCAGCAGCUGCACAGUCGUCGUCCAGGUGCCCAAUGAGGAGCCCAAGAGCCCCGCCUUUAAAACAUUCCCCCAGUCUGCGACAGUGCAAGAGGGUGAAACCGUCAAGUUUGAGUGUGAAAUUGAGAAGACACCUCUUAAGGUUGCAUGGAUAAAGGACGGCAAGCCGGUGGAAGAGGACAGCGGCAAGUACAAGAUGUCGCUCGACGGCAAGAAGAAGUUCAAGUUUGAGGUCACCAACUGCAACGCGACAGACGUGGGCCAGUACGUGGCCAAAGCGAUCGGCAAGAAGGGCGAAACGUUUGCCGCAUUCUCCCUCAACGUGUGCACGCCCGGCGAAAAAUGAGAUUUACUUAUUUAACUGAAUUUUUAUUGACGACUAAGAAUUGUCCGGAGAAAAAUGAAUUUUGAACCCUGAGAGGGGGGAGUGCGGAGUGACCUGCCCCCACACUAUUUGUACAGAGCAUCCCUCGCCACCUGUCACCCCUAAGCUUCUUACUUUUUCUUUGUUUAACCCACAAAACGUAUUUACAGCCCUGAUCCUGGGGUCGUGACGCGCCCACUAGGGGGGUUUUCCUCGCCUGCACCACUAAUGAGGGGGGUUCUCGACACAGGGGCAACCGAAUCGGGGGGUCAUUUUCUCGACGGCUGGGCCAAGCGUCCUCCAAACAAACAGCCCUGCCGCCGACUUGAAUGGCACCCCCGCACUGCACCACUUUUACCAUCUCAAAGGUUGCCCGUCUGUUGGGGGCUCCCCGUUAAAAAACGAACAUCAUUUCGAGUUAAGCCUCCGUCGUCGGCGCGUCAGUGAAUAUAAUUUAUUAUUUUUGUGUUUGACUUAUACGUAAAAAAAGAAAACGGUUGAAUAGAUAGUAGAGCUGCUAUAUUUAUUGUUGGUUAUCUCUAAUUAUUAAAACGAAAAGCAAAAAUCAAAUUUACUCCCCCCGUAAACUAUGUUUGACAGGUUACCGAAAUAAAAGAGAAUAUACAAUAUACAAAA